CUGCUGCUGGUCUCCCUUCUGUAAGUCAGCCCGGCAGGCUGCAGACUGUUGCCCCAGUAAAGGCUUGCUGCUUGAACAUUCAUGUGUGCCCAUUCUUCGGCACUUUUCAUUCUGGUGCCGAAACCCGGGGAGGUGGCGCUAUUGGGACCUGCAGGCUCUGGAGCUGCACUCCCUAUCACCCCUUCCCGGACCUGCAGCUGCCGAACCGGGGCACACACCUCCAGGGCUUUCAGUCCUUUGCCAUUGCUGAUGCCACAUCCAACACCGGCCUGAUUCUUUCAACGGUGUGGAAGGCCAGUCCCCUCCUCCCCAAGAGGAAAUCCAGUCCAGCUCUGCCUGACCUGUUGGACCUAGCCAUGGAAGAGUGACGGUGCCCUGGGACAUUGGCCCCUUCGCCCAUCACAUCAAAGGAGCCCAGGGUAACUAUCCAUGUGGCAGUGGCAGCUGAAAUAUCCUAAGCUGGUUCUCCGAGAAGCAGGCAGUGUGUCUGAGGAACUCCAUAAAGAGGUUCAGGAAGCCUUUCUCACACUGCACAAGCAUGGCUGCUUAUUUCGGGACCUGGUGAGGAUCCAAGGCAAAGAUUUGCUCACUCCAGUGUCUCGAAUCCUCAUUGGGAAUCCUGGCUGCACCUACAAGUACCUGAACACCAGGCUCUUUACGGUACCCUGGCCUGUUAAGGGUUCUAAUGUAAGCUACACCGAGGCUGAGAUUGCUGCUGCUUGUCAGACCUUCCUUAAGCUCAAUGACUAUCUGCAGAUAGAAACCACCCAGGCUUUGGAAGAACUUGCUGUCAAAGAGAAGGCCAAUGAAGAUGCUGUGCCAGUGUGUAUGUCUGAGUUCCCUAGUGUUGGGAUGGGUUCAUCCAGUGAUGAAGUGGACAUGAAGAGCAGAGCAGCCUACAAUGUAACUUUGCUGAAUUUCAUGGAUCCUCAGAAGAUGCCAUAUUUGAAAGAGGAGCCUUACUUUGGCAUGGGGAAAUUGGCAGUGAGCUGGCACCAUGAUGAAAACCUGGUGGACAGGUCAGCGGUGGCAGUGUACAAUUAUAGCUGUGAAGAUUCUGAAGAAGAAAGAGAGGAUGAUUCUCAUCUUGAAGGCAGAGAUCCAGAUACCUGGCAUGUUGGUUUUAAGAUCUCGUGGGAUAUAGAGACGCCUGGUUUGGCAAUACCCCUUCACCAAGGAGACUGCUAUUUUAUGCUUGAUGAUCUCAAUGCCACCCACCAACACUGUGUUUUGGCUGGUUCACAACCUCGGUUUAGUUCCACCCACCGAGUGGCAGAGUGCUCUUCGGGAACCUUGGAUUAUAUUUUACAUCGCUGCCAGUUGGCUGUGCAGAAUGUCCAUGAUAAUGUGGAUAAUGGUGAUGUCUCUUUGAAAUCCUUUGAGCCUGCAGUUUUGAAACAAGGAGAAGAAAUUCACAAUGAGGUCGAGUUUGAGUGGCUGAGACAGUUUUGGUUUCAAGGCAGUCGAUAUAGAAAGUGCACCGAUUGGUGGUGUGAACCCAUGACUCAACUGGAAGGGCUGUGGAAGAAGAUGGAAAGUGUGACAAAUGCUGUGCUUCAAGAAGUUAAAAGAGAGGGGCGCCCUGUGGAACAAAGGAAUGAGAUGCUGACUGCCAUCCUUGCCUUGCUCACCACCCGCCAGAACCUUAGGAGGGAAUGGCAAGCCAGGUGCCAGUCCCGAGUUGCUCGAACUUUACCAGGGGAUCAGAAACCAGAAUGUCGGCCGUACUGGGAGAAGGAUGAUCCCUCAAUGCCUCUGCCCUUCGAUCUCGCAGACAUUGUUUCAGAACUCAGAGAACUCAGAACAUCCAGCAGUCCCUGACCUCCAUCCUAGCAUGGCAGCACACCAAGCAUCGUCUUCCGGUUCAGAAGCAGGCUGUGGCCCUCGGUGGUUUGCAGUAGACCCCAUGGCUCCCUAUUACCACUUAUUGCGGACCUGACCUACACUUCCAUGCCAAAGCUUUCCAGACUUUGUUUGUACCCCUGUAGGAGAAAUGAGAGAUGUUUGUGCUCACCCCAAUCCAUGUGUACACUUGCUGAACUGUUCCUGUGAACUGCUUGUACUAAUGCCAUGUGCGUCAUUAAACAUUCGUAUACAAUAAAGAUAUUAAAAGGAUAAGAAACCAA